GAAGCAGAGCUUAGCUCCUGAUUCGAAAUAGAACAAUAAAUAAACUCCGCUCAGUGCCUGCUGCCGGAAAGUUUGCAAAGUACUGUUGCUACAAACAAGGCUGUGCUUGAUUGCAGGUGACCAUGGCAGACCGAGCUGCAGCUGAAAGAGCAUGCAAAGACCCCAACCCCAUCAUUGAUGGCAGGAAAGCAAAUGUGAACUUGGCAUAUUUGGGAGCAAAACCAAGGAGUAUUCAAACUGGUUUUACCAUAGGUGUGCAGCAGCUACAUCCAGCCUUUAUUCAGAGACCCUUUGGACUCACGCCUCACUAUGUUUACCCUCAAGCUAUCAUUCAGCCCAGCGUGGUGAUCCCUACCCCCGUGCAGUCUAUCACGUCUCCCUACAUUGACUACACCACCGCGAGCCAAGCCUAUUCCCAGUACACCACCGCUGCCUACGACCAGUACCCCUACGCUGCCUCUCCCGCUGCUGGGUUUGUGGGAUACGGCUACACGGGCGCAGUCCAACCACCCCUCACCGCCAGCAAUCCAGCGGCGCCCGCCACGGCUUUCGUUCAGUACCAGCCCCAACAGCUGCAACCUGACCGCAUGCAGUAAGGGCCCUGCCCGCGCGCGCUCGCCACGUAGGACAAUCUGUUACCAUGGAAGGAUGUGACUAUGACAGCAAAAGCAACAACAGCAAAAAAAAGUACAAAAGAAACAAAAAAGGAAAAAAAAAAAAGAAAAAAAAUCCCCUCCCCCUCCCUUUGUUGUCCUCUUUAUUUAGGUGCGUAUCAAUACCUAAGCUAUUUAUAGUGUUAAGGGUAAGCCCAAACCCUUGCAGUAUGACUGUGCUCAUGAAAAAGGACUUUGGUAAGUUUUUUCAGUCUGGACAGAUGUUGUCAUGAAGAUAUUCUUAAAGUGACUGAAAGGUUUUACAGGAAAACUACAGAUUCUUGCACACUUUGCGGUCUGCUUCCAUCACCCGUUGUCUUCUUUCCAGCCCCUACCCCCAUCUGCCCUGUCAGCCCUCCCCUCCUCAUCAAACCUGCAAUCCUCUUAUUUACUGUUGAGGUACAGAGGUACUCGGAGAACAUGGAAAAAAGCAAUCUUAUUUUUUGGUUGUACAAAAACUUUGUAAUACUCAGAGAUGCCUUACAGAAAAAAAGAAACAGAAAAGAAAAAAACUAUUUUUUAAUAUUUAUUGCGAUUUUAUUCGCAUGAGCUGUGAACUGCAGACAGAAGAAUAGUAGUAAGUAUCUGCCUUGUUUAAUUCUCAUUUUACUAAAUUAUUGUAUGUAGGUAAAAGUUCCUAAGUAAUUUCUGAAUCACUUCAACAUGCAAAAGGGAAUAUUGGCUUGAGGAGAGCAGAAUAUUCCUUUAGUCAACGCACUGUACUAUUUUCUUAUUUUAAUUGUUACUCUGUUAAGAUUAUCUCAAAUUUAGGUAUAUUUUUAAAAUGCAAAAAAACAACCAAGAAUACCGAACAUUUUGUCUACUUCGGUAGAUCUUUUGUUAUAAUGCUGCAACCUAUGGAGACAUUUACAGUAUUUAUGUAAAAGAGUUUUGGGGCUGUUGGCCAGCAAAGCUUAGGAGACUAUCAAGAAUGAAUCAAAGGGAAAAAAAAAAAAAAAAAAGGUAUUAUGUCAUUGAACAAAUGGGUGAACAUAACCUUUUUAUGCCUAUAUUGCAACAGCCAAAUAAAGGAAGAGAACAGACAAUGUAAGUUAAGUGCAUUUCUACAAAGAACAGCAAUAAAAUAUUUUAACUUUUAAAA